AGAAUUCUUAAAAAAAGGGUAAGAACCCUUAAAAAAUGGAGGAAAAGUCUCAGAAUUGUUAUCUCCUUCUGACGCAAACCAAUCAAGACUUCAGGAGAGGGGGACAAAGAAAUGGCCAUGGGAGAGGAGAAGGUGAAAACUGAAGCUAUGCAGAUAAUAGGCUUGUUUCAAAUCUUGCCGAAAUUGGUUGUCUUCGACCUAGAUUACACUCUCUGGCCAUUCUACUGUGAAUGCCGCUCAAAACGUGAAAUGCCAUCUUUGUAUCCCGAUGCUAAAGGCAUAUUAUAUGCACUCAAGGACAAGGGAAUAGAUGUUGCUAUUGCUUCACGAUCACCAACCCCAGAUAUUGCAAAAACAUUUCUUGACAAAUUGAGCAUCAAAUCAAUGUUUGUAGCCGAUGAGAUAUUUUCCAGUUGGACUCACAAGACUGAGCAUUUCCAGAGGAUUCAUUCAAGGACUGGGGUACCCUUUAACUCGAUGCUCUUUUUUGAUGAUGAGGAUAGGAACAUCGAGGCGGUUUCAAAGAUGGGAGUAACAAGCAUUCUAGUAGAAAAUGGGGUUAAUCUUGGAGCAUUGAGACAAGGGCUCACAAAAUUCUCUCAAAAUGUCAAUGCAUCUGAGAAGAACAAGCAAAGAUGGCUGAAAUUUUCACAAAAUCCAAAUUCGUCUAAGAGGAAAGAGCGAGAAUGAAGGAAUAAAUAUUUAAGACAUUAAAGUUAAAACUCCUUUUGAUUGUUACAUUAUAAUCAAAAUUUGCUCUAUCAAUCAUACCAAAGAAAUGCUUUUUUCAGUGUUUGUUAUUCUCUUUGGAGCAGUUAAAGAGAAUUGAAAAUAUAUACGGUAUUUCAUCCCUGCUUAUUCAUCUGA